AUGGCCCUCCUCGACGCUCCCGGUCUCACAAACGUUGCUGCCCCCAUCAGGUCGACGUCCUUACCUGCCGGAGCGUAUGUGCUCUCGAUAAUCUCUCUCCCUUCAUCCUACGCCGUUUCCGCAUCUGCGCCGAACAACGCUAUUCAUCUUUUCAACAAGUCGCAUCUACACCACUUCCAGACUCUUCCAGGACACCAGGACGCCAUAACAGAUCUCAAGUCUGUGAUCCAUUUUGCUGGCGCAACUUCGCCAAUUCUCAUCUCAUGCGGUAAAGACGGAGUGGUCAAGGCGUGGGAUGACCGGACCCAAUCCGCUGCUCUGCAAAUGUCCACGUCUUCGUCGGGAAGACAUAGGCCUCUCCUCUCCUGCGACGUGUCUUCCGAUGGAUUCUUAGUUGCCGCCGGAACAGAUUUCCAAGGGGAAGACGCUUCGAUAUUAUACUGGGAUCCGCGCAAUGCUGCUGCUCCCCUCCGCGUUCACUCAUCAACUCACUCAGAUGACAUCACCGCCUUGCAUUUCCUCCACACCAGCUCCUUCACUCCUCAUUCCAGUCGUACAUUAUUGUCGGCAUCAUCAGACGGUCUCGUCUGUACGUCCAAUGCUGACGAGGAAGACGAGGACGAGGCAGGGCUGCAUGUGGGCAACUGGGGCUGCAGCGUAGCCCGAGUUGGCUGGGUGCACCGACAGUCCGGUUCGCCGGGAAUAUGGGCAUCCAGCGAUAUGGAAACGUUCAGUAUCUGGUCGAGCGAGCUCGACCUUGUCCGAGACGUCGACAUCCGCCAGCCGUCGAUACACCGCCAAGAUCUCACAUGGGUCACGGACUACCUCAUCGGAUGUCACAACCACCACCACAUCCCUGCCGAUGAGGAUAACGAUUUGAGCAUCUUUGUAGGCUCGAACGAGGGUGAUAUCGCUAGCAUCUCUCGAUCUUCAUUUUCAGACCCCAAUGCUCCCUGGUUGUUGACGAACACUUGGUCAACUGGGCACACGGGCGUGGUCCGAUCUGUUUUAUGGGACGAACGCAAUAAUGUCCUUCUCACGGGUGGGGAAGACUCCAGGCUGAACGUUUGGUCUAGUCCUGCAGUACCACUUUCAGCCUCGCGCGGACAGCCUGCCAAAUUGAAACGCAAAAGCGAGGACAAUGCCAUGGACGUUGAUGCAGACGAAGAUGUCGCUUUGCUUAAAAAGACGCGCUCCUAG